AUGAUCUCCACUAUCCUCCCACUACUAUCGUCACAGUUUGCGGAUCAUCCAGCUCGCUCUCUAUUCUUCUUGUUAGUACUCAUUCCCAUAUCAUAUAUUGUCGGAAACGAAUACGUCCGAUACUCGCGGCGAAUCAAAGGCUUUCCUGGACCGACAAACUGGCCCUUGGUGGGCAACAUCCCAGACAUCAAGGUCAAUGCAGCGGAGAAGUAUCGUGAAUGGAGCAAGACCUUUGGUGCCGUAUACCAGAUUCAGCUCGGAAAUGAACCGGUAAUCGUAGUCAACAGCGCGGAAGCUGCAAGAAAAAUCUUCGGUGGAAACAGCCAGGCGCUGAGUUCAAGACCCGUGUUUUGGACCUUCCAUAAGGUGCUUUCGAACACGGCCGGCACGACGAUUGGGACUUCGCCGUUCAAUGAUUCGCUCAAGCGCAGAAGGAAGGGUGCUGCUUCAGCACUCAAUAAGCCUUCGAUUGCGACGUACAUUGACCACCUCGAUCUUGAAACGAAGGAAUUUGUAAAAGAUGGGUUUGAGUCUGGUCAAGCUGGUGCCAUUGGUGUCAACCCAAUGCCCAUGAUUGAACGUCUUUCUCUUUCGCUCGCCCUUACCCUCAACUGGGGUACACGUAUGAGUAGUCGCCAUGACCCGAUGUUUCACGAGAUUUGCGAGGUCGAAGCCGCCAUUUCGAAAUUCCGUAGUACAACUGGAAACUUGCAGGACUACAUCCCAAUCCUGAGACUUAACCCGUUCAGCUUUGGCACCAAGUCUGCGAAAGAGCACAGAAAUCGACGAGAUGUGUACCUGACGAAGCUGAAUCGCGAGUUGGACGAACGAAUGGAGAAGGGCACCCACAAGACAUGCAUCCAGGCAAACAUUAUCCAGGACAAGGAAGCCGCGUUGAACAAGGAGGAGUUGACGUCCAUCAGUCUGACGAUGUUGUCAGGUGGUCUAGACACCAUCACUACCCUCGUGCAAUGGAGUGUUGCAUUACUGGCUCAAAGGCCGGAUAUCCAGGAAAAGGCCAUCAAGGAGAUCCGGAAGUUCUACUCGGAGGACGAACCGCUGGCUGAUGCCUAUGAUGACCAGAAGUGUGGGUAUAUUGUCGCACUGGUCAGAGAGUGCUUGCGGUACUAUACCGUACUACGUCUGGCGCUUCCACGUGCGACAGUCAAGGAUGUUAUUUAUGAGGGCAAGCUCAUUCCCGCUGGUAGUACGGUGUAUCUAAACGCAUGGGCGUGUAAUAUGGGUAAGCCGCUCUCAGCUAUGUUUGCUUGCAUGGAAGACAGCGAUGCUGACUACUCGAUAGACCCCGAAGUUUGGAGCGAUCCAGACGAGUUCCGUCCAGAGCGUUGGCUGGAGCAGCCCGACGCUCCGCUGCACACAUACGGCUUGGGCUACAGGAUGUGUGCAGGCUCAUUGUUGGCUAACCGCGAGCUGUAUCUCGUCUUCCUACGGACGCUGAACAGCUUUGAGCUAGUGCAGAAGUCAGAGGUGGACGUGCAUCCUGUCCGGGGCAGCUCAGACCCGACUAGUUUGGUGACGAUGUGCCGGCCUUAUGAGAUUCUCUUCAAACCGCGAAACGAGCAAAUACUUCGUGAGGCUCUUAAAGCGGCAGAUGAGCGAUUGGCUGAGUUUGAGAAGGCGUAA